UUUAAACCUUUCACUCCAGGCGAAAACCUCAUCGUGUUAUAAUCUAACGACCAUUAGGUUAGAAUACUAGAGUAUAUGAACUAAAGAAAGGAACUGAUCAUGGACGUCCUUAAAUUGCUCUUCUGUGUCCUUUCACUGUGUUCUUGUUUCACAAGAAUAGAAACUUCGUCACGAGUACAACUUCACAAGAUUAUCCAAAGUGUAAAUGUUGUCCUCAAUGAAAGCACCACUCUUCAGGUUGUGGCGCCAAAUAUGCGAAGACCCGUUGUUUGGAGAUGUGAUAACCAUAGAUAUGAGUGUGACGGAACAUGCACCAACAGCUCUGAUUUUAAGGUGACGCAGAGUGGAAACAUAUCCACUCUUUGGAUCCGAAAAGUUACCAAGGAUUGUUUGUCUUGGACAUUUUGCGAUUACAACCGGAACAUUGGGAACAUUGAUUUGAAUAUAAACGGUUUGAUAAGUACAGAAACUUAUGAAAUUGCCGAAAAUGAUAAUGGUGCACUCUGUGUAAGCGCCACUCUGCUGACUGAAAUACCAAACAUGAAAAGACCGGUCGUUUGGAAAUACAUGAAUUAUAAAUACGAGUGUGACCGGACAUGCGCUAACAGCCCCGAAUACAGAGUGACGCACAAGGGAAAUGUAUCGACUCUUUGGAUCCGAAACGUAACAAAGGAACGUCUAGAUUGGAAAUUUGAAGACGACAACAUCAAUUACAGAAAAUUUGAUUUGAAGAUAAACAGUUUGACAAAAGCAGAAACUUAUAAUAUUACCCAAAAUGAACCAGCUGUAUUAGGAGGGAGCACCACCCUUCUUAUUAAUGUACCCAAAUUGGAAAGAAUUAUUGUCUGGAAAAAUAAGCAUCGUAACCUCGAGUGUGAUACGACUUGUUAUGAUUAUGAGGACUAUACAGUUAAUCAUAUCAAUGAUAUAUCAACCGUUUCAAUUCGAAAUAUAUCUGAGAGUGAUUUCUCUUGGAGUUUUUGUGACAAAAACCACUGCUCUUCAGAUUUUUCUUUGGCGAUAAAAGGUGAUACAUCAGGAGCCAGCAGCUUGAGAACCAGUCUCAGCCCCAGUAUUAGGAUUAUAACUGGAGUCACCAAGUACACGUUUGUAAAAGUAGCAGCGACAAUUCUCUGUUUCUUUUUACUUGCUUGACGUCAUUUAACCGUAGCAAUUCUGGUGGCAUCACAUUGAAAGGUUAUACAAGAACAAAUCGACCCCAGCGGUAAUCUUUUUUCUUUUUUGCUGGAACCUAAGCAAAUACUACAAGAUAGUUCCCAACUUUCUUUUGAGCUUGUCAAGAAGACAUUACUGUGUCGAUAUGAUGAGGUAGAACCGGAUAUGUUUUGUGUCUGUGUGUUCAUUGGUGUCUAUUUAUGUUCUGCGACUACUACUGUCAUUCUUGUUGGUUAACGGAACCUUCAUAGCCUAUUUAAAUGGCAAAGUUACAGGCUGGCUGUCUCAUGGCUCUCCAAUCUGUAAUUAAGAUAGUUCCGCCGAUGUAAUUAAGAUAGGCGGUGAGCUGGCAGAAACGUUAGCACGCUGGUCGAAAUGCUUGGCGGCAUUUCGUCUGCCGCUACGUUCUCAGUUCAAAUUCC